GGGGCAUAACUUCAAAUUUUGAUUGUUGCAGUGACUACGAAUUUGGCUUGGGUGGAAUUGUACGGGUGGAAUCAUCAUUUCACGCAUCGGGUGGUAUCUUUCUUACGAUCGAGCGCACGGUACUGCACGACCGUAUAUCUUAUGGAACUGCUGGAAUUGAUUAUGAUUUCGGUUUAAUUAAGCUGGCGGCUAAAUUUGAACGUGCAGUUCCGAUACGUUUAGUGAUGGCAAAAAGACACUUCUUGCCCGGGGAACUCUGCACUAUUGUUGGUUGGGGUAUGACGAAAAAUACGGGCGAUCGUGAACAGCUCCGUAUGGUGAAGCUCCCAUUAGUAGCACGAUCCGAAUGCAACAGUAGCUACUUCGAACGGGAAACAAUCACCCAACGUAUGCUGUGUGCUGGAUAUCCUGGAGGUGGUCAGGAUGCGUGCGAGGGAGACUCUGGAGGACCUUUACUGUGCCGUGGCAUACAGGUUGGCAUCACUUCUUGGGGUGUUGGAUGCGCCAAACCGAACCGCUACGGUGUGUACAGUAAUAUAGCAAAUCAGCGCGAUUGGAUACGAAAGCAUACCGGUGUGUAGGACACCGGACAACUGUCGGACAACUUUCCCCAUUAACCUACAAAAGUGAUCGAAAAAGCAUUAGCAUGCAGAUUGCGACCAUCACGUGCACCAAAUAUAAUGGCGAAAAUAAGAAUAUUAAAAUCAAAUUCAAUUAUUGUGUAUCAUAUUGCCGGAGGCUUUUCCCCCUUAAUGUCGACUAGUGUUUGGCACAUCCGUUUAGUAUGGUUUCAUAUAGCACACCCAUCAUGCGGUUAGUGUUCGUGGUUAUCAACUGUUUUGGAGCGCUAAUCUGUUAUGGUAAUAACCU